AUGUAUGUAAGUGCAAACUUCACGCAAACCAUAGAAAAUGCCUUCAAGAGAAUACUUGAAAAUUACUUGAACAGCUGGAACAGCAAUAAUACAAAAGCUGCAAAAAAGAUUCAGAACACAUUGAGCGAAGAGAACUUCAACUUCGUCAUCCUCUACCUGAUGGUGAUGAUCGGCAUGUUCUCCUUCAUCAUUGUGGCCAUCUUGGUGAGCACAACCAGGUCAAAGAGGCAGAAAGAGACAGAUGAGCUUGAUCCCUACAGCAGAUAUAUUGCCAAUGACUUCAAUGACAAGACUGUUGGAGUGACACUGGAAAACCCUGCUGCCAGGUCUUACUCAGCUCCGCUCUCUCCAUAG